CGAGGGCGAGGACACUGACCUCCGGGAAUAUUAUGCCCCAAAUUUGCAUAGAGAGGAAAGCAUGGCAGACUGGUCUCACCUUCCCAGGGAACUCCUCCAAUUGAUAGCUGAACGCCUUCGGUUUACGUUCUACCUUCUCCGUUUUCGCUCCGUUUGCUCCUCCUGGCGAUCCUCCGUUUCCCUCCUGCCUCACCCUUUACCCGCUAAAUUCCCUGUUUUCUCCAAUGUUGGCACUUCCGGUCAUGGCACUUUCUGCCUUUCCAAGCGUACUCUUUUCCUCGUUUAUCCACCUCCCUCCCUCUCCUUGUCCAAUUCCGAUCCUCAUCCUUGGUUGAUCAAAAUCGAAGAUGUUCGUGGUCAAUUGGGUCUUCACGACCCUCUCUCCAGGUAUCCUAUCAAACCCCUUCCUAGGGAUUUUCCCAGGGUGAUGGAUGUGCAUGACCUUCCAGUCGUCGAAUUGGGUCAAGAAUAUGUUCUCAACGAUUUCAGCCCUCUUAAUUCAUUAGAAGAUGCUGGUAGCUUGUAUUUAGAAAAGGUCGUAUUUAUGUGGUUGAAUUCCAAAAGCCAAGAAUUUGCUUUACUUACCAUUCAUGUUUCGGGUAAGCUGGCUUUGUUUAAAUCUGGUGAUAAGGAGUGGACUAUAAUCCCCGACAUGCCCACACCCUACGAUGAUGUGUGUGUCUUUCAAGGCCAGCUUUAUGCUGUUGAUGGUGCCGGAAGGACGGUAGUGGUUGGAUUGGAUUCAAGUGUUCGCUUGGUUGCUGAACCUGUGUUUGGCGGUGACAAGAAAUUCUUGGUCGAAUCCGAUGGUCAACUAUUGUUGGUUGAUAAAUACUUAUCCUUCGACUAUCAAAGCCUGGAAGCCUAUGAUGGAUUUGACGAUGAUGUUUGUUUUGGGUGCGAGCAAGCAGUUAAAUUCAAGGUUUUUAGGCUGAAUGAAGAAGGCAAGGAAUGGGUUGAGUUGAAAAGUUUGGGGGAUCGAGUUGUGUUUCUCGGUGAUGAUUGCGCCUUUUCUUCAUCGGCAUCAGAUUUAUUCAUCAGCGAAGGGAACCGCAUAAUUUUCAGAGAUGAUUAUUUCAACGAUACUGCCAAGGAAAAUGGUCUGGGCGUUUUUGAAUUAGAUGACGAUCGAAUUUCUCCUAUAUCUGAUUACCCAGGAUAUUGCAAGUUGUUCUGGCCGGCUCCAGAUUGGCUCAGAUUGCCGAGACUUAGAGAUCAGUUGGAAGAACUGGCCCUGUAAAGAUCCUGCUCCUGGAAAUCUAAGCGCAGGCAUGGAUGCUCAGUGGAAGCUGAAUGAAGAGCUAACAUGCUAGGUGGAGGUCAAAAGAGAGCCAGCAUACUUCAACAUCUCUUUUCAUCGACUAAGACAGAAGAAAACUUCGAUUGUGUCACUACCUGAGAAAGUUUUAGAAAAGGAGUAGUAUGAUCGGGUCCAGAAUGCCGUCUUCACUGAUCCAGAUGAUCAGAGUUGCUGGUUUUAUUAUCUCUGGCUUACUUAUCUGUUAUCAAAUGUGUAUUGGUCAAAAAGACUAUUUUCCCCCUACUUUGCUGUUUUGUUGAUUCAUCACUGAAUGUGCUGAAUGUAAUUUCAAGAAACUGAAACUCCAAUGUACAUAGAGAAGCUUCUUUAGCCAAGACUGUUAUCUUGGCGUAUCGCUCA